UCUUCAUGACACGGCAUGCCACAUGUAUCAUGAGUAUUUUAAGGUAACAUAUAUGGUAGGUUUCGUCGAAACAUGGACAGAAGGCGUAAAAUAAGGAGCGGUACUGGGGCGAUUCUAUGUAUUUGAUGUGCGCGGCUGCUGGACUCGUGGUAAUAUUAGGUCUUUGGUUUUGGGAUAGGGGCAGCAACAGACCAAUAGUACGUCGGUUUCAUUUCUGUGACGUCAUGCUGUCUUCUCCAAACCCAUUCAACCUCCUUCGUGCUGCCCUCAUCCGUUCUCAGACUUCCUCCAGAUCCCCCUCCUUCCAAAUUUCCUGUUAGAUUGAGGUUACCUACUACCUAGAACAGCUGUCAGGACUUCUGCCACCUUCCACUUCCCUCUAACCAAAUGUGAAGAGUCGCGGGGUGCCAGGGACGAGGUUCGUGAAGAUGAACUCGAAUCGGGUGUUGUUGGCUUUGGUCAGGAUAUACAAAGCUUCAGUCAGCCCACGAAGUUUCUGUAGACAAGCCAGAAUAAUCACGUUAAGAUUACUGGAGAGUGAACAAUGAAAGCAAAGUCUGUGUGAACGAAGUAUAACAAGAUAUAAGUGGAAUUUUCAAGCAAGGAGGAGGUGAAGAGGAACACAGGAAUAGGGAGAGUGAGACGCGCGGCAUGGACUGGGAAUGCCAGAUGAGCCUGAGGUUGGUGAUGAUGAGCCGGCCACGAUCACCGGAGUUCCCUUUGGUGUCCUCGAUGGCGUCCAGCUUGUCUAUCACGUGCUCUCCUGACCGCAUCUUCAUCUGUCUGGUGGACGGGAACAAGAACACCUUAACAAGACUAAUCGAGCAUGGCAUGGUGGUGGUGUCGCGCGCCAAGAGGCAAGCUGAUCCUGCGUCUUCUUCCACAACCACCUGUCUGCCUGUGGACGACCUGUCAGCCCAGUGCUCCAAUUGGAUGGGCCAAACGAAACGACCUACCAAUCCCACCUUGAGGGCGGUUGUGCCCGAGGGAUACGACCAGUACGUGCUGCCCAAAACUCCUGACGGGGGCCCUCUACCUGUCUAUAUCAGUGCGAAGGUGAGGGACAUUCAGAAGAUCGACGAGCAGAACAUGGAAGUGACGAUUGAGUGGUACCUGAGGCUGUUCUGGGUCGACUCGGGCCUCACACCUCCUGCCAAUGUCACGGAGGAACAGUGGCAGAACGUGGCGCCUGACAUCACUGAAUAUAUCUGGCUACCCACAACGUACAUAGACCACGCCAAGGAGGUGACCAAGCCCACGCUGCUCAUCCGCCCGGAGUCCUUCAGGAUGAAAAAAAGCGGCCUCAUCAGAUACUCCAUGUCGGUAACCACGAGGAUGUCCUGCCCCAUGGACUUCAGCGCCUACCCUUUCGACAACCAGGUGUGCUACUUCAGGAUGGAGAGCUACCAGUUCACGUCCAAGCAGGUUUCUUACAAAUGGUUCAAUCCAACCAUCGAGCGCUCAAACAACAUUCGUCUCGGACAGUUUGACUUUGACUUCUACAGUGUGCAGCAGCAGAACACCUCACACACCACAGGUAGCUUCCCCCUGCUGAUGGUGGAAGUGGCGCUGAAGAGACGCAUCAGCUACCACCUCAUGAACACUUUCCUGCCCUCCGGCCUUUUCGUGUGCGUCUCUUGGCUCACCUUCCUCGUGCCGGCUGAUCAGAUCCCCGGCAGAAUGGUUCUCACGAUUACGACGUUGCUCACUCUUGUCUCCAUGUUCGCCGCUGUCAGGGAGGAGAGCCCGAAGGUGUCGUAUGCCAAGGCGGUGGACCAGUGGAUGAUCAUGUGCAUUAUAUUUGUGUUCCUGGUGCUGUUUGAAUUCACCGCUGUCAUUCGCAUGUAUGAACUGGGGCGGCGGGAGGUUGAGAAAGACUCCAGUAAUACAACCCAAAGCACUCCGGCAUCGCUUCCCUCCACCGCCACCUCAACAGCCUCAGUAGCCUCGCCUCAGCCCAGUGUGAUCCCUUCAACCAUCGACCUGGUGAGCCACUCUUCGAGGAGGAGUAUCCAGAAACAGCAACGGGUGUGGGCGGACAAAGAGAUGGCGGCGAGUGAGCAGGACGGGAUGAGGAGCAAGCGGGUGGGAAGGCAGCAGCAAGAGGAGCAAGGCGAGGGAUGUGAUUCUACCUGCUUUCCAAAGGCCUUCCUACACAUAGCGCCAGAGGAAACAUUCACCCCUAUGUUUGUCAAGGUUAGACGCCCCACACACACUCCCAGGCCUCUUCUCCAUGCCAAUGCUCCACCAACACCUGCCACAUUCCCUCAACACCUUAUGCAACUCAUCAACACCGCCACGUCCACUCAACACAUCCUACAACUACAACCAUCACCUACCUCGGUGAAGCCAGUGGGCGAGGCGAUAAAAGUCAGGAAAGGCGGCCGGAGUUGGCGGGACUGGGGUGACCGCGUGGAGGGCUGGAGCCUGAAGGUGUUCCCACUUUUGUUUGUAGUGGGCAACUUGUGUUACUGGGCGUAUUGGCUCGGAAGACGGUAGCUACGUCAGAAUAUACACCCUUUAGUACAUCACCUAAUCUACGUUCAUUGCAUCACUUUCUUUCUUCAUAAUAUCUCCUCUGUGGCGUCAUUCUCUUCCUCCUCCUCCUCCUCCUCCUUGUUUUUCAA